AUGCCCUUCUCCGCCUUCCCCAACGUCAAAGCCACGAUGGUGAUCUCCUGCAUGGACCCCCGCGCCAACCCCAACGAAUUCUGGGCCUUCUCCGAAACCUCCCCCGUCCAGCCUGCCGUUCUUCGCAACGCUGGUGGACGUGUGACCGAAGACACUCUGAGGUCUAUCAGGGUGCUGUCGGGGAUCAUGGGGAAUGGGAAGAACACGGUCGGGGCGGUGGCGGUGGUGCAUCAUGCGGAUUGCGGGCUGAGGAACUUCUCGGAUGAGAGGGUGGGGGAGUUGCUUGGGGAGAGGGCGGGGUUGGACGAGGGGAAGAAGGGGGAGGUGGGGGGGAUGUGGUUUGGGAGUUUUAGUGGGGAUGCGACGCUCGAGAAGAGCGUGAGAGAGGAUAUGGAGAAGAUCAAGGCUGAUCCGUACUUGCCGAGAGACUUGGAGGUGAUCGGAUAUACGUACGACGGAACCACUGGAAAGACCACUGAAGUGGGUGUGCUGUAG